UUGUUAUCUCUGAACUUUGGCACGAGUAAUGAACUAGGUCGUAAAUAGAAAGAAACAGAGCAUAGAACAAAGGUUCAAUAGAAGGGAUUUGUCUUUUAAUUUGCUCAAGUGAGGGCUGACUACAGUUUUUAUAGAACUAUUUAGACAAACUACUUCUUCUCAAAGACUGAUGGCACCGAUGUUUGGCAGUGUGUGUGUCACUGUGACUCUCCUCGUGUGUGUUCUCGGAGGCCAGGCACUGGACCUGCUGAGAGCAACUGCAGCAUCAGGGAAUCCUCCCUCAACUCCUUUAGUGCAUUGCUGGUGUUCCAGCUAUCCAGAAGUGGCUCUUUGCUCCUGGCCUGAGCUGUCCCACUCCCCACCGACGCACUACAUUGCCACCUACAGUGAGAGACACAGCCAGCCAGCCACCAAGCAGUGCCAGCUCAUCCCACCCAGCGCUUCAUCCUCUGCUCUAAACUCGUCCUCAUCGUCAUCACCCCCAUCUGAACAGCUCUGGCACUGUCAACUGCCCAACCUGAAGCUUUUUACCGACUACAUCAUCAAUGUCACAGCUGUUUAUUCUGGUGCAAGCAGUUCCCAUCUAGCAAGUUUUAUGCUGGAGGAAAUUGUGAAACCAGAUCCCCCUGUAGACGUCCGGGUUUCCCCUCAUAAUAUCAGAAACUUGUUGGUGGAAUGGUCUCCUCCCUCCACCUGGGCCGACCUAGACAUCUUCCCCCUUAAGUACCACAUAAUGUACCGGUGGGAAAACAGGGGCACCCAAAAAUUUCUGGGUCCGUUUGAGAGCACCAGGGUGGAACUGAAGGGGCUGACCCCAGGGAGGGCAUACAUCUUCCAGGUGUGCGCCAAGGAGCUGCUGGGUCUGGGCAAGUGCAGCAACUGGAGUUCACCUGUGAAUGUCACCAUACCAAGGACAAAGCCGUAGACACUCGUUUCUCACACCCUGUCUUAUUUACCUCUUACCUACCAGUGACCUCAAACUGAAGAAUUGCAGAAAGAUUGUUUUAACCGCACAUACAAUGCAAGCAAGGGCUGUUGAUAUUUUGUUUUAUUUAUAAAGGAAUACAGUUCCAUUGGAAAUUUAAUUAUUUGAGUGUUUGUUGUAAUGCUGUUGGUUUGUGAUGGUUUCUUUGAGGAAACUGAUAUUAAAGUAUCAUUGUGAGAAA